UAGUUUUACACACUAAAAAAAGCUUGAAAGCCAAACCUGUCACUGUCUAGAGAGUCUGCAAAACAAAAAAGUUGUUAUAGAAACUAGAAACAAGAACAGGCCACUAAAAGUAGAAAUCUAUCACCGACUUUCACCCCUUGCAGAAAAUAAUUGGAGAAGAGAAAGUGUUAAAGUGGGCAGAUUCUUGUACUUGUAUGGUAGAAUAAACAAAUCACAAUUAAUUAAAGGGACCCCUAAAAGUUAAAUUUUCUUUUACGUUUAUGUAUCCAUCACGGGUUGCUACAAAACAAGAUUUGUUUUCUAAUUACCACCACUCCUAUAUGCUAGUCUUUUUUACUCCGUCCACUCUAUAAAUUACCACCCUCCUCUAACACUAACAUUUGCCUCUCAUUUCAUAUAUUUCUUCUAGUGUGUAUUCAUUUAGUUAGAGAGGUCUUAAAGAACAAAGUAAUGGCCUUUUACAACCACUACUUUCACAUUCUUGGUUUCAUACUUAUCUCUUUUUUGUUAGAAUUCAAGCCAGUUUUGGCACAGAAUUCACCUGUUUUCGGUUGUGAUAUCACGAGCAAUCCUGGUUUGGCGAAUUUAACAUUUUGCGACGCGACUUUGACGUUGGAAAAUAGAGUGAAUGAUCUAGUGCAAAGAUUGACAUUGCCAGAAAAGAUAGGAUUCUUGGUGAGUGGUGCAGGUCCUGUUAGUAGGCUUGGAAUACCAAGGUAUGAAUGGUGGUCUGAGGCCUUACAUGGAGUUUCAAGUACUGGUCCAGGAGUACAGUUCAAAAGUCCUGUUCCUGGUGCCACUAGUUUUCCUCAAGUCAUUCUAACUGCUGCUUCUUUCAAUGUCACCUUGUUUGAAACCAUUGGAAAGGUUGUGUCCACCGAGGCUAGGGCAAUGUACAAUGUUGGUUUAGCAGGUUUGACAUAUUGGUCUCCCAAUAUCAACAUUUUUCGCGACCCCAGAUGGGGAAGAGGUCAAGAAACACCAGGAGAAGAUCCAACACUUACCAGCAAGUAUGGUGCAGCCUAUGUUAGAGGCUUGCAACAAACAGAUGACGGUAGCAAAGAUAAGCUUAAGGUUGCUGCUUGUUGUAAGCAUUAUACAGCUUAUGAUGUAGAUAAUUGGAAAGGAAUUGAAAGAUUCACCUUCAACGCUGUGGUUACACAACAAGAUUUAGAUGAUACAUUUCAACCUCCAUUCAAGAGUUGUGUGCUUGAAGGAGAUGUAGCCAGUGUGAUGUGUUCAUAUAACCAAGUCAAUGGCAAGCCAACUUGUGGUGAUCCAGACCUUCUUGCUGGGAUUAUCAGAGGAGAGUGGAAAUUAAAUGGAUACAUAGUCACGGAUUGUGAUUCAUUAGAAGUGAUUUUUGAUAAGCAACAUUACACUAAAACACCAGAGGAGGCUGCAGCUUUGGGUCUAAAUUCAGGGGUGGACCUGAAUUGUGGAUCUUGGCUGAGUCAAUAUACUCAAGGUGCUUUUGACCAAAAACUUGUCAAUGAAUCAGUUAUUGAUAGAGCUAUCUCAAACAAUUUUGCAACGCUAAUGAGGCUUGGAUUCUUUGAUGGUAAUCCAAGAAACCACAUUUAUGGAAACCUUGGCCCUAAAGAUGUCUGCACACCAGAAAAUCAAGAACUUGCUCGUGAAGCUGCAAGACAAGGGAUUGUCCUGCUGAAAAAUACUGCAGGAUCGCUACCUUUAAUUCCCACCGCCAUCAAAUCCUUAUCAGUCAUUGGCCCUAAUGCUAAUGUGACCAAAACUAUGAUCGGCAACUAUGCAGGAACUCCAUGCAAGUACACAACUCCAUUGCAAGGCCUAACAGCCUCGGUUGCCACAAUAUACAAGCCUGGAUGUGCUGAUGUGUCUUGCAGUACUGCCCAAAUUGAUGAUGCUAAGCAAAUAGCAUCCACAGGUGAUGCUGUGGUUUUAGUAAUGGGAUCUGAUCAAUCUAUUGAGAGAGAAGGACUGGACAGAGUUAAUAUAACUCUUCCUGGACAGCAAUCAGUUUUAGUAGCAGAGGUUGCUAAAGUCGCCAAGGGACCUGUAAUCCUUGUUAUCAUGUCUGGAGGUGGCAUGGACGUACAAUUUGCUGUCGAUAAUCCUAAGAUAACUAGCAUUCUUUGGGUUGGUUUCCCUGGACAAGCCGGCGGUGCUGCCUUAGCAGAUGUCAUAUUCGGAUAUUACAACCCAAGUGGAAGGCUACCAAUGACAUGGUAUCCGCAAUCAUAUGUAGAUGUGGUUCCAAUGACUAUUAUGAACAUGAGGCCAGACCCUGCCACAAACUACCCUGGCAGGUCUUAUAGGUUCUAUACCGGUCCAACUGUUUUCCCAUUUGGUCAUGGAUUAAGCUACUCGCAAUUCAAACACCACCUAGAUCAAGCGCCUACAUUUGUAUCCAUUCCUCUCGACGAAAAACAUACUUGUCAUUCAACAAAGUGCAAGUCUAUCAAUGCGGUUGAGCAAAGCUGUAGCAAUUUGGGAUUUAGCAUUCAUCUUAGAGUUAAAAAUGUUGGGAAGAUAAGUGGAAGUCAUACAGUUUUCUUAUUCACUUCACCACCCUCAGUUCAUAAUGCACCUAAGAAGCAUUUGGUGGGUUUUGAGAAAGUCCAUUUGACACCACAAGGGGAACAGGUUGUUAAGUUCAAUGUAGAUGUUUGCAAGCAUUUGAGUGUACAUGAUGGGCUUGGAAACAGGAAAGUUGCAUUAGGACCACAUGUUCUUCACAUAGGAGAUUUGAAACAUUCCUUGACUGUAAGGAUUUGAACAUACAUCUUUAUUUCUCUUAAAAGAGAAGGGAAAAUAUCACAAGAUGAAGAAAAUCCGAAUUCUGAAUAUGCUGAGACAACUGUAACAAGUUUCUUUUUUUUAGUUUGCUUAACUGUCUAUCUUAAGUAGAAGAUUCAAACUCUUGAAGUGAAAUGAAGGUUCUUCUCAUUUUGUAGUG